AUGGAUGAUCAUGUAUUUGGAUGGACAGCCGGAGGAAAGAUUUUUAUGCCAACUUUACAACCGCUAACAUGCUGUUUCAGUGACACCUUCGGUUGGCAGGAUUUCUCCUUGGAAUGCAAAUCACAGUGUCAAAUUGACGUGCGUUGUGCGAAAGUGCAUUUCAUUAUGAGAUUUGUCAAGAGUUAUGCAAAUUCAGUUAAUCCUUCAAAUUCAGAUGCAUUGAAGGCAUUAUUUGGACACUUGCAUGGAUGUCUAUCAGUUAAGUGGCAUUUUGAACCACAAAUAUGCGUCAUGUCUACUUCUAUUCCAAUUCAUCUACUAAUUGAAACUGGGAAUUUGAGUUAUUAUUUAGUAGCAUUUGCAUCAAUAGAAAAGGAUUUGCAAACAAACUUAGAAAUUACCACCAAAAUAAAUAGCACCUUAAUGGAAGACUCUUGGGAAAGAGGAAAGUCUAUGAUAAAUUUUUGUUUACUAAUUUCUCAUACAUUGCUUUGA